UCUCGCGAGAAGUUACUUUUAGUUUCGCGACUGGACCUGUGAAAGUACUUUUACAGGUCAUGGACAGGACCCUGUGAAAUGAGCCUUAAAAUUUGAGCGAAUGUUAAUGCGAAUUGCGAAGUAUUCAAAAUAUAUCCCAAGUGCUGCGCUAUAUGUACAUAUUAAUGACAUUUGUGUGGAAAUCUGACUGGAGUGUCGGGCGUUAGACGCUAGAUCAGAAACAGAUAAACUAUUCUCUCGCGAGUCCUCGGCGAAUUGCGGUCUAUGCCUCUGUGACUCUUAUGUGUGUGUUUGUGUGCAGAGGUGACUGUGCUCCGUGCUUUUACUUUUAAUUUUUAAUAUGGCGCUGUCAUUGUUGACAACAAUGAGCGAAAGUUUUUUUUGUCGUGGAUGAAUACAUUUCUAAUGAAUUAUAUUGAUUUAAUUUGAAUUGAAAUUUAAUGAAAGAUGAACGGUUUAAGUUUUAGUGAAUUGUGUUGUUUGUUUUGCUGUCCACCUUUCCCCAGCAGAAUAGCAGCGAAAUUGGCAUUCUUACCACCAGAUCCUACAUACGAACUUGUGUCCGAUGAAAAUGGAAAAUGCACUUUUGUGUUAACUGAACGAGCUGAAUGGCAAUUUCCCGAAAGAGAAAAAGAAAAUGUAGAAGUUUUUUUUACGCGAACCACUAGAGGAAAUCGAAUUGCCUGUUUAUUUGUUAGGUGUAGCAGUACUGCCAGAUUUACUAUUUUAUUUUCACACGGGAAUGCAGUUGAUUUAGGACAAAUUAGUAGUUUUUAUUUGGGACUUGGAUCUCGUAUCAAUUGUAAUAUAUUCAGUUAUGAUUAUUCGGGCUAUGGUGUGAGUGCUGGAAAACCAUCAGAAAAAAACUUAUAUGCUGAUAUUGAUGCCGCCUGGCAGGCAUUAAGGACUAGAUAUGGAAUUAGCCCCGAAAAUAUUAUACUAUAUGGCCAAAGUAUUGGCACUGUACCAACCGUUGACUUAGCAGCUAGAUAUGAAGUUGGAGCUGUGAUAUUGCAUUCUCCUCUCAUGUCUGGAAUGAGAGUAGCCUUUCCUAACACCAAAAGAACAUGGUUCUUCGAUGCCUUUCCCAGUAUUGAUAAAGUUUCAAAGGUAAUGUCGCCUACAUUAAUAAUCCAUGGAACUGAAGAUGAAGUAAUAGACUUCUCUCAUGGACUUACCAUUUUCGAAAAGUGUCCAAAGGCGGUGGAACCCCUUUGGGUCGAGGGUGCAGGACAUAAUGACGUGGAACUCUAUUCAGUAUACCUAGAGAGGCUUAGGCAAUUCGUAAUGGUGGAGUUGGACAACUGACAAAUACUGGCUGGGGAGGAUGUCACUUUCAGCUCAGGGACAUCGAGUUCUGUUGGAGAGAAACUUCUCUAGCAGGGGUCGGCAGGAGUGGCUCUCGUUGAUGGUGACACGUCCACGGAGCUUACGUCCUGCGCUACAAUCACUACCAAACUACCAUUGAUAACAACAACCUGCCGAAGCGUCCCGCCAGUGUGUCUCACAGCCUGUCACUGUAUACUCCUUGAGACCACUUGCUAGCUCUCCUUCGGCAUUUUUUAUUGUAUAUAUUGUUAAUCGUGACUUUUUAUAAAAUGUGAAUGAAUAUCUGAAGACAAUCUCUGUAAAGUGAUGCAAUAUUAUCAGGACCUGAAAACCUCUGUUUUCAUACAUCGUGUUUUUCAUUUGAUGUUCUAUUUAUUUAUUUAUUGAAGUGAAAAAAAU